AUGGAUGCCUUGAUCACCUCGUACGGCGACACGUCAUCCGACUCCGACACCGAGUCGGAUCCUCCUCGGCCGAGCCGCGAACCUGAACCGACCCAUUCACCCACCCUUCUACCUCCACCUCCAAUCUCUCUUCUCCAUGCUCCGAACACAUCAGGCAGUUCUGAUUUCUCACUACAAAUAAAAAAUGCCAAUCGAAUCCGUAGCUUCCCUCAUGUAGAGGGCAAUUUUGCUUUGCAUGUUUACAUCCCUGUCACUGUUCCAUUGGCACAAAGAAAGGAGCUGGCCCUGUUUGUGAAAAAGGUGGCAUCUUUAGCACGGGAGCUUCAUGCUGUCGAUGUAGAUAUCCCCUUGAGUAAAAUACUUAAAGAAGAGCAUAAGUUUGAGCAAGUUGUGUUUGGGAGCGAGUUUCAUGUGAGUUUGGGAAGGACUGUCCCGAUUCGGGUUCAUCAACGUGACUCGGUGGUGGCUAUGCUCCGGCAGCGGCUGCAGGGUCAUAGGAGAUAUUGGAUUGAUUUUAACAAGUGGGAGGUUUUCGUCAAUGAUGAUCGUACGCGUACGUUUCUCUCGGUAGAAGUUACCUCUGGAGGCUUAGCUGAGAUAAAGAAGCAAAUUGAAACUGUGAAUGAGGUUUACAGGCUUCAUAGUCUUCCAGAAUUUUACAAAGAUCCACGCCCACACAUAUCUAUAGCUUGGGCAGUUGGUGAUAUAAGUGAUUCUUUGAAGAAGGUGGUUGGAGAGGAAAUGAAGAGACACAUUGCUAUCGGAGGUUUAUCGCAAAAGCGCAUUUUUACCUGCUUGUUUGGUGGUAUUUCAUGUAAAAUAGGUAGCAAGUCCUAUGAUAUAUGCAAGGUUCAAGAAGAAUAA